UAUUAUGUGGUAGCUCAAUCACAUCUAUGGAAAGUCAUUACAAGAAAAAGUAGACACACCUCUCAGAACCAACCCAGACCGUGUACAAUAAAGGGCACUGUCUAUAAAACAAGGAGUGCUCGUUCUUGUACUCUUCAAUUCCCUGGCCAAACAUGUGCAUACUUAUUAUAUUUCAUUUAGGGGUUCUGCUCUAUACACAAACAUGCUUUGCAUGUAGGUUUCUGACUAAGUUUGAAGUGCGAAAUAUGUUAAAGGAAGGAGACAUUAUGAUAGGUGGCAUUUUCCCAAUUUAUUCAAGACAGGAAAAUAUACUUUAUUCAUUUGAUAACAAACCACCAAUGGCUGAAUGUAAAGGAUUUGACCUACGAGCUUUUCGCUGGACGAGGAUCAUGAUGUGGGCAAUAGAUGAAAUAAAUCAAGAUGAUCGUUUGCUUCCCAACAUUUCUCUUGGAUAUAUAAUUGUGGAUUCUUGUUCCUCUCCUACUAAUGUUCUGAGAGCUGCCCUCACAUUGAUGAGCACAUCACAGCAAAAUGGCUCUCGAUGUAAUCCACCUCCAAUAUUAGCUAUUAUAGCUGAAUCGGGAUCUACUCAGUCUUUAGCUGUUGCUGGGGCAGUUGGACCAUUCAAAAUACCACUGGUGAGUUACUUUUCAACAUGUGCAUGUUUGAGUGACAAAACAAAAUAUCCUACAUUUUUCCGAACAAUACCAAGUGACUACUACCAAGCAAAGGCUUUGGCUUUUCUUGUUAGGCAAUUUAGAUGGACAUGGAUUGGAGUUAUAAUGUCUGACAAUGACUAUGGGCUAAAUGGGAUAUCAGCAUUCACUAAGGAAGUGAAGGCUCAUGGUGUGUGCAUUGCAUUUGUUGGCACAGUUUUACGGACAUAUCCCCAAAGUAAAAUCCUUGAAGCUGUUGAACUGAUCAAGCAUUCAACUGUCAAAGUAAUUCUCGCAUUUGCACCAGAGAAGGAUAUCUACCCUUUAAUGAAUGAAGUGGUAAAACAAAAUAUUACAGGAAUACAAUGGAUUGGAAGUGAAGCCUGGGUAACUGCAGCCAGUCUUUCCACACCAGAAAUGUUCAAAUACUUUGGAGGGACACUGGGGUUUGUAGUCCGAAAGAUGGCCAUACCCAAACUUGGACCAGUUCUCAAAGAUAUCAGCCCUUAUAAAGAUUCAGAGGCUUUUUUUGUCAGUGAUUUCUGGGAAGUGUUGGUAACUGAGCAGUUGAAAAAAGUACAUUUUGUGGAUGCAUUUGGAGAGCUAGUGUUCUUUGACAAGAACGGAGAUCCACCUGCCUCAUAUGAAGUCAUAAACUGGCAGCUGAGAGACAGUCAAACCCCAAAAGCUGUUUGCUCAGAAAUCUGUCCACAAGGCACAAGAAAAGCACAAAUUAAAGGUUUACCUCUGUGCUGCUUUGACUGUAUCCAGUGUGCUGAUGGCUCCAUAUCAAAUACAACAGCAACAGAUUGUAUCACCUGUCCUGAGGAGUACUGGUCUAAUGAAAGAAAAGACAGCUGCAUCAUGAAAAUAAUAGAGUUUCUUUCAUAUACUGAAACCAUGGGAAUUAUUCUCAUGGCCUUGUCAGUACUUGGUGCUUGUUUAACCUUUUCUACUUUGCUGGUGUUCAUAUAUUUUAGAGACACACCAAUAGUUAAAGCAAAUAAUUCUGAGCUGAGCUUACUUUUACUUCUUUCCCUUAUAUUUUGCUUCCUCUGUCCACUCACAUUCAUUGGUGAGUUAACAGUCUGGUCCUGCAUGUUGCGUCACACAGCAUUUGGCAUUGCCUUUGCACUCUGCAUUUCCUGUAUGCUGGGGAAAACUAUAGUUGUGGUAACUGCCUUCAGAGCAACAUUACCUGGGAACAAUGUUGCAGCAAAGUUUGGACCACCUCAGCAAAGGGCCAUUGUAUGUUCAUGCACUGCAGUUCAAAUAAUUAUUUGUAUCCUGUGGCUAAAUGUUGCGCCACCAUUCCCAGAUAGAGUUAUUGAGCAGCGCAGUAAAAAAAUAAUUUUAGAAUGUAACACAGGAUCAGAUGCUGCUUUUUAUAGUGUUUUAGGAUACAUUGGCCUUCUUGCUAUAGUUUGUUUGGUCCUGGCCUUUUUAGCCAGGAAGCUGCCUGAUCAUUUUAAUGAAGCCAAAUUCAUCACAUUCAGUUUGCUUAUAUUCUGUGCAGUUUGGAUCACCUUUAUUCCAGCUUACGUCAGCUCUCCUGGAAAGUAUACAGUAGCUGUAGAAAUAUUUGCAAUUUUGUCUUCAGCUUUUGGCCUACUGAUAUGCAUUUUUGUACCAAAAUGUUACAUCAUUUUAAUCAAACCAGAAAGAAAUACAAGAAAACAUGUAAUGGGGAAAAAUACAAAGGUUAAUUAA